GUGUGUCACCCCAGCAGUAAGGUGGGACGUGUCAAUGGGAGGAGUCAAGGGGGCAGCGGAAUUAGCUUUUGCCUAGGGUGGCAAAAAACCUUACACCAGCCCUGAUCCAAAGGAUAGGGGAUAACAUAUCUGAUCGUGGGGGUCCGACUGCUGCCCCCACAGUGGUCAUGAAGUCCAGAACGCUGAAGCACCGGAGUACCCCUUUAAAUGCAUGCAUAGUGUUUCAUAAAAGAGCAUGUUUAUAGCAAAGUUUGUAACAUACGUAGCCAAGGACACUCUGGGACAUAUUGUUCUCGGUAUAUAGCGCUAUUAUCAUCUGACUGCUGAUAUUUGUCACACAUUGCCACCUUGUGCAUAUAAAUAUAAUAGUCAUGUGGAUCUGACAUACAGAGAAUCAGACCUGAUACCGGACGACCAACUUCAGUUAUCUCCACCAUGAUGGGAUCCUUCAUUCUCUCUCUUGUUAUCUUCUGUGCCAUCUCAUGGACAGGUCUUGCUCUUCAAUGUCUUGAGUGCUUAAAAACGGACAGUGACACAUGUGAGGGGGUCUCGGUUGAGUGUCCAAACUCUGCGGAAUGUGUGGUGAUCUCCGAGCUCUAUCAUCCCCAUGAUUUAAUAAAACACUCAAUUAAAAGGGGCUGCAAUACCGGUUUGCCCUGUGACUCGGUAAACUAUAUCUCAAAUUUUUAUGACCAAGAAAUAAAAAGUUAUGUGAAAUGCUGUACAGAAGAUAACUGCAACACCGGUGACUACUACAUUCCUCCGGAGCCAACAGAGCACAAAGGAAAGAACUGCACCUCUUGUUAUAAAGGUGGCCUGAAAGAGUGUAUCAGUGACCGCACAGCUCAGUGCCUAAAUGAAGACGACCAAUGCUUGGAUUAUAUUGGAACAUUCAAAGAUCCAGAUCACGUUACCCAAGUACAAAAUUUUAAAGGCUGCGGAUCUCCUUUGGCCUGCCAAUAUAAGUUUGGAGCAUUGAUAGGCUUGGAAGAACUUGAGACCAUGCGUUUUACCUGUAUUCAAUAACAAAAUGUUGUGAAGGUUGGAACUAAACCUAGAAAAGCUCUGCAUUGUCUAAUAUCCAACAUAAUGACAAAGAAACAUGAGAAAUGGUGUAAUAAAACCCUGAUAAAGCAUCCAAAUCAAUGUGAUUCAAAAUGCGGUCUUCAUCUAAUAAGGUUAGGGCUCCGC